AGCACUACGCCGAGAUGGUGCAACGAGUAUAAAUUCUACGCACGACUUAAAGCACCAUUUACGUCCAGCCUAGUCUUACAAGCGGGUGUACGUCCAGCUGGUGCAACCGGCCCCACAAUCAGCCUCAACGCGACUCUCUCUCUCUCUGUGUCUCCUCUCAAAGACUUUAAAAGUCUCUCUCGUCGCGCUUGGAUAAAUGGAUCUCUCUGUGCUCGUGCUGUUGUGUUUGUGCGGGUUUCUGCGGGGCCAAGAGACCACAGAUCCCAUCUCGCUGGACAACUGCUGUAAGGAUGGCAAAGAAAGAGGCCAGGAGUCUCAGGACUGCACGAGUCUGCCACUCAUCUCCGACUCCACCACCUGCAGGAUCGCUCAGGAACAGUGCUGUACUGCGGUUCUUGAAGACAACAUAUGCACCAGCGGCAUCAAUAUGGCGAAGGACCAGGGCAGUUGUGAUGCACUCUUGUCCAGCAGCACAUGUGAAACGAAGACGGCUAAGACGUGCUGUGAGUGCUGUUUGCUCGGCCGGGCGGCCCAGGAGCGAGGGCUGUCAUGUGACCUCACCCUCGCUGUGUGGUACCAGUGCGGUCUGGUGUCCCGCGCCUGCUGUGUGGACCGAUCGCCCAACAGCGACGGAAAGCCUGCACCGGAAUUACCACCAUCACAGCGUGAUGCACAAAACACAGAGGAUCAGUGCAAAGCUGCCGGCUGCUCUCAGAGCUGUUUUAACGGCUCUUGUGCCUGUUUGGAGGGAUACAAGCUGAAGGCGAACGGGAAAACCUGCGAAGACAUGAACGAGUGUUUGCUGGGCUCUCAUCAGUGCCGCGGUGGCGAGCGCUGCAUCAACACGCUGGGAUCGUACCGCUGUCAGAGGGUCAUCAGCUGCGGGACAGGCUACGAACUCACCGACAACAACAAGUGUGAAGACAUUGAUGAGUGUGAAACCGGCACUCAUAACUGCGCAGCUGAGCUGGAGUGUCAGAACACAGCCGGCUCGUUCCGCUGCCGUCCCAGAGUGCAGUGCGGCAUGGGAUUCCUUCAGGAUGCUCUCGGGAGCUGCAUCGAUAUAAACGAGUGUUUGAGUGUGACGGGACCGUGUCCGUCGGGUCACAUGUGCUUCAACACGGUCGGCUCCUACACCUGCCAGAGACACUCGGUGAGCUGUGGACGGGGAUAUCACCUGAACACCGACGGCUCUCGCUGCGUGGAUAUCGACGAAUGUGCGGGGCCUGAUAACUCCUGUGACGGUCACGGCUGUAUUAAUCUGGUGGGCUCGUACCGCUGCGAAUGCAGGGUCGGCUUCAUCUUCAACAGCAUUAGCAGAUCCUGUGAGGACAUCAAUGAAUGCCGGAAUUAUCCCGGCCGUCUGUGUGCGCACAAGUGUGAAAACAUCCUGGGCUCCUACAAGUGCAGCUGCACCACGGGCUUCAAGCUGGCCGCCGACGGCAGGAACUGCGACGACCUCAAUGAGUGCGAGAGCAGCCCGUGCAGUCAGGAGUGUGCGAAUGUCUACGGCUCCUACCAGUGCUACUGCCGCCGCGGGUAUCAGCUGAGCGACGUGGACGGCGUCACCUGUGAAGGUGAGCGCUCGCUGCCAAACACAGCUGUCUGUGCAGUGGAGGAAGUACAGCAUACCAAAAUGUAUCUCAGGACAAAGGUCAGUGGCUUGGCUCUGGUUCAGACGGUUGUGUUGUCUUCCUCCAGCAGGCCGAGGGUCGAUCGUGCCGAUAUUAUCCGAUGUGUGAAGUCCUGCCAGCCCAAUGACAUCUCCUGCAUGCUCAAUCCCAUCCUCUCCAUCUCACACACGGCCAUCUCGCUUCCCACCUUCAGAGAAUUCAACAAACCAGAAGAAAUUGUGUUCCUAAAAUCUCCCACACCUUCUCACCUUCCUCACAUGGACUCCCCGGAGAUUGUCUACGACAUCCUGGAAGGAAACGUCCAGAACUCGUUCGACAUCAUCAAACGUCUGGAUCAUGGGAUGAUCGUGGGUGUAGUCAGACAGGUGAAGUCGCUGGUUGGUCCUGUGAGCACCGUACUAAAGCUGGCCAUGAACUACGUCACAAACGGAGUCGUUUCUCACCGGAACAUCAUCAACGUUCACAUCUACGUGUCAGAGUUUUGGUUUUAAAAACAUCAACAUUAACCUUUCUGUCUAUACAUUUUUGAUGUCCAUUUAUGAAAUCACAAAAACAUUGUCAUUAGCAAGCUUUCUGAACGACUAUAGAAAUGGGAGUUCUCCAGUUUGAAAGAUAAAUUUACUGAAACUUUGAAAACAUGUCUUAAAAUAUCUUGUCUCAUCAAUAUAAGUGCACUGUCAUGCUGCACUAGCAGAUUAUGUGAAAAAUACGACAAAAUUCUCUUAUAUUGAAGAUUUAAUCAGAUUUUCUUUCAGUGCAACUACAGUUAAUUUAGCAAAUUUAGGAAUAAUAAUAAUAAUAAUAAUAAAAGAAUCUGUCGUAAUUUACUCACCAUCAUGUCGUCCACUUGAUUGACUUUCUUCUGUGCAACGUAAAACAAGAUGUUUAGCAGAAUCUAUGAAAUGACAUAAAGGUGAAUAUGAGUAUUUCAAUUUCUAGAUGAACUAUUCCUUUUAAUGCAAUAAUUGCGUGAGAUCAUUUCUAAAUGGACACCUAAAAUGACUAAAUGCUUUCGUCCAACUAAAGUUUUACAAGAGAAACAUGUCACACCAGGACAGACAAGAAAGAUGCAUGAUGGGAGCGAUGCCGUGCUUUAGACGCCACUAUGUUUUUGGUGGAAUAAACAUCAUUUGCUGCUCUGAUUUUAAUUGUAGAAUGUAAAAGCAUGUUUUUACUUAUUUCCCACUGGUUUCCUCUUCAGCUGCCUUUGGGAGUCGAACUGAAGGCGUUUCUGUGAAUUGAUGCGAGCUCAUCCUUCAUAGGGCUGAAAGAAAGACAAAUGAAUAUGGAGUUGACGACUCGACACUGAUUGUAUGCUUGUGUAGACACACUUUGCUUAAUGUAUUGUAUCACCGACUGUGUCAUUAAAAAAGUUUUUUAGAUUUCUA